AUGACUGAGAAUGAGAUUACUCAAGAGCCUAUCGUCGUUGACGAUGAUGAUGAGCUUGAUAUCAUCGAUCAAGGUGAUAUUGAACCCGACUCUAACGAGCGUCUGGCUCGCGACGAGGAUGAUGCAAUUGACGAAUCAAAUAUCAUCGAAGGCCACAGAACUCGCCACGCCAAGCCCAUGACAUCGAAUCAGUACAAUGAGGGGCCCAGUGAGGAUGAAAUUCCUCAGAGUACUGGAUGA